AUGCUAACCAUCGAGGCAGUAAAAGGCAGGCGUGUGAAGACUACCAAUACGCACUUGGUCAGCGAGGGGGACUACGCCUUCAUUCUGAUAGGAGACCUGUACCCUGUAGUGGGCAGUGGGGUGCAUUCAGGCAUGGGCGACCUGACAUUGAAAAUACACGAGCAAUGUUGUGGCUUGGGGCAAGUUUCAGGGGUUUUUUGGGGCACCCAUCGAUCCUCCUGGAAGUGGGUCGCCCACUCGCCCCCUUGCGACCUUGGCGGGAGUGUACGAACUACGCCGAAUGUAGCCGAGGCGCUCCAUUCAGUCGCUACGCGUGAUGCCAUUGAGCCGAAAGUGAAAAUAUUACAAGGAACCGUUGUCGGAUCUGCUGGUACUAAUGGUUACUAUGAAUUUCAUGGCAUUCCGUACGCUGAUUCUACAUCUGGUAUCAAUAGAUUUAAGGCUCCCUCACCACCACCCACAUUUCGAAAUGAGUUUAUAUCGAACCGAAAAAAUGUUAAAUGUAUUAAAGCUGUGGGAAAAGGUUAUGAAGGUACCGAGGACUGUCUGGUAGCAGACGUAAUGACACCCACGCUAGAUAGUACAAGAGGCUUACCCGUUAUGGUGUGGAUAAAAGGCACAGAAUUAGAUUCACGAGAUGAUUUGGACAAUUCUUUGAGGUUUUUGGAAAAGGAUGUUAUAGUUGCUCGCAUACAUUACAGAGAAUCAAUACUAGGGUUUUUAUGCUUAGGAACGGAAAGCGCUCCGGGUAAUGCUGGACUAAAAGAUAUCAUUGCUGGAUUGAGAUGGAUUAAAGACAAUAUCUCUAAAUUCGGUGGAGAUCCCAAUAACGUAAUUCUAGUUGGACACGGCAGUGGUGCAGCUGCUGUUGAUUUAAUAACCCUAUCACCACUCGCAGAAGGUUUGGUUCAUAAAGUCAUAACACAAAGUGGAACGGCCCUGUCCCCAUGGGCUGUCACACGCGACAAUCUGAAAUAUGCCAUUAAAGUAGUAGAAGCUCUAGGCCAUACGGUGACAACUGUAGAUAGGCUAUCAGAAGUUUUAACUCAAACCAGUAUAGCAGCACUGAUGGCGGUUAUAAGUAAACUUGAUAUUCCAGACAAUUCGCUAGCAUUUGCUCCAUGUGUAGAAAAAGAAAUUGAGAAUGUCGAAGCGCUAAUGCUAAAAUCACCCUAUCAAACUAUAAAUGAUGGAGAGCAAUUGGAAAUACCUUUCAUGACCGGAUUUGUUGAUUACGAAGGUACAAUACGAGCAAACGAGGGUGUAAAUAAUAAUUGGCUCGAAAGAAUGGAUAAUUCAUUUAUAGAGUUUUUACAAUCCGAUUUAGAAUUUGUAUCCGAUCAACAAGAAUUGCAAACCGCAGAAACAAUUAAAAAUAAAUAUUUUGGAAAUGGACCAAUUAAUGAAACUCUAAUAAGAAACUUUCUAAAAUAUAAUGGUGAUACGAUGAUAUUAGUAUCUACUAUAAGAGAAGCUCGGUUUCGAGCUUUGCGUUCCAGUUCAAAUGUUUACUUAUAUCAAUUUUCGUAUAGAGGAAAACGUAGUGAAGAAGUCCUAAAUAGGCCAUUACAAAUAGAAAGAGCAGGUCACACAGAAGAAUUGGUGUAUAUGUUUUCAAACGAAGAUAAAUUGAGUGGUUUUGAUCUUGCCAUUGGAGACAUUCUUAUUGAAAGAUGGACAAACUUCGCUAAAACUGGAACACCAACAAGCGAAACCUCUCAAACUGUUUGGCAACCUUACUAUCCUAAUUCGACUCACAGCAAUUAUCUAAGGAUUACUGAUGAUCAAGAAAUAAUUCAACGUGGAAACGCUUAUUUAGAUAUUGACUCAACAGAUCCUCAUCCAUCAAGUAUGGCAUUUUGGGAUGAAAUUUAUUCUCAGUUUUUUGCAGAUGCUAAAAGCAGAUGGAGUCUAAGAAAUGGUAAUGAGACUGAUGAGGAAGGUAACGGCGAUGGUGACGAUGGUGAGGAGGAGGGCGAACCAGGAUCGGCAUCUACGGCUGUUGGAUACACUUUUGUAAUAUUCUCCUUCUUUGCAAUUUUGAAUCAAUUCCACAUAACACAAAUACUUUCUUAG